AUUAAGCUGGAGGCCAAGCGCCGUUAAACAGGAAGAAGUAGAAGAAGAAGAAGAAGAAGUAGUAGUAGAAGAAGAAGAAGUAGAGGAGAAAUGAAUGUAAUGGCGGGAAAGAUGGAGAAGAUUUUCGCUGAAGUUGUUGAAGUCUGCGUCAGGUGCAGAGACUGCGAAGAAAGAAAAGCACAGCUCCGCAUCUCCGUGGAGCUUCAGAAGCGGCAAAGUCCAGUUCACAAAGGAGAUCUUCUUGUGAGGUUGACGGAUGACGUGGAUCCAUGUUUUCUCUACAGCCUCCACAUUUCAGAGGAAGAUUUUCAAAGUUUAAAAGUGCAGCAGAGAAUUCGGUUGGAAUUCACAUCGUUUCCCGACAUGCUCAUUGAGUAUUUUAAUGAAUGUCGGUCCGAGCAGAAGUCCAGCCAUCCCAGGUUCCAGCUGCUUCUUUCUAGUGACUCUGCCUCCCUCCAAGGCCCCGCCAACUUGUGUGUAAUGGAGAGAUGUUCCUACCAAGACACGGACCGCCUGACCCUGAGGCUCAAGCCAGGCUCAGACAGAGAAGUCAAUGAGUAUCUGGCUGCAUCUCUGACAUCUCUCAAGUUGGGAAAACAAAGCCUGGAGGAGAAACUCCAAAGAACUGAAGAGGAUCUGUCCAGGCGGCUGAAACAUGCUCAGCAGACUCUGUCAGAGAAGACCAAAGAGUUGGACGAGCUGCAUUUGGACUGGAAUCUUCAGACCAACUUGCUGUCCAACCGUCACUCGGAGCAGCUGCAGUCCGAGAAGGAGAAGGUGGCGGAGAUACAGAGCCGACUAGAGAAGCAGAAGCUGGAGCUGAGCCACAAGCUGGAGAGCGAUCGCCAGCAGUUUCAAACACGCCUGGCAGAACUGGAGAAAUCCUGCCAGGACCUGACGCAAGGGAGGUACAAAGACGAGUCGGCCAACAACGAGCUCAAAUGCAAGCUGGAGGGUGCCAAGCAGCAUUGUCGGCACUUCCAGCAGCGGGUGGCGUCUCUGGAGAAGGAGAACCACUCUCUCCACACAACCCUCCACGAGAAGGAGCGUCUGGCCAACCAGCUCCAGAUGAGGGUGGGCGAUCUGGAGCAGCACGUGGUCCAUACCAGCGAGGCGCUCGAGGCCACCAAGCAGCAGAAGGAGUGUGUAGAAGAAAAAGCAAAAAGUAGAGAACAUAAAAUCCAGAAACUUGAGGAGGAGGUGACAUCUUUGACAUACGACGUGAAUAAGGGCUACUACAUCAUCGAUAAGUUUAUGGAUGAGGAGCAAAAGUAUAGACAUGAGGUGCGAACUCUGGUGGUCAAACUCCAGGCCAAGGACGUUGAGCUGAAGAAACAGCAGAAGAUCCUCCAGGAGAUCCAGGCCAAACUUGAGCACACUGAAAAAGACCUCCAUGAGACUCAGCAGCAGCUCUCCAGCAAGGACCAGCAGGUUGAAAAGCUUGAAAAGCAGCUGAAUGAGAGCAAAGACUUGCUGCAAACCAACAAGAACGUCAUCAGUUGGCUCAACAGGCAGCUAAAUGACAAGCAGAUUGCAGAGAUGCCACACCUUCCAGAACCUUUGGAGAGUGCGUCUGCGCUGUCGUCUGCUGGACUACAGGUGAGGACGCAAUUCUAUCCUCAAACCUCCAAAGCGGCGUCCUCUGACCUAGAUGCAGUUCCUAAGCACACACAAUCUGCAGGUCUGGACCCCAAAUAUUUCAGGCGAUCGGACAGCAUUCCAGUCUACGGCCUUCCAGCCAGUCUGCCUCCCAGAGAGUCCCCACCUGAACGGAACACAGCACCUGUGCCAUCAACAUAUUUCCCUUCCUAAGCUUUAUUUAUUUAUUUAUUUUAAUUCAACCGUCAUUGUUCCUGUGUUUUGUAUUUUAACUUUAAUAAACAACAAAUUACUUAAUUUUGCUGUCAUAGUGA